AGCCGGUGUUUUUGUUUAGUUUUUGUUACUCUUUUUUUCCUCAAGUGUGUGCGUGUGUGUGAGUUCUUCUUGCUGUCAGUGCUGCUCCACGCUGUCUCCAGCAUACCUCUUGUUCAGGAUGUCUCCUCUGCCUCUGCUGAGUGGAAUGUUGUUGCUGUUCUCUGGGAUUUCGGCCGGGGGCUGCACCCCAGCCCCUGUGGGCUCAGAGCUGGCGGCCCAGGGGAACAGCCAGGCGCAGCCGCUCCCCUCGGCAACGGACUGUCCGUCCUGCGCGCUGGCCCGGCUGCAGAAGGACGCGCCGCCGGGGCCGGACGGCCAAACCGACAUGGUGGAGGCGGUGAAGCGGCACAUCCUCAACAUGCUCCACCUACAGGAGCGGCCCAACAUCACCCACCCCGUGCCCCGCGCCGCCCUCCUCAACGCCAUCAAGAAGCUACACGUGGGCCGCGUGGGCGAGGACGGAAGCGUGGAGAUUGAGGACGAGGGCCAGAGCCGGGCGGAGAUGAGCGAGCUCGCCGAGCAGACCUCUGAGAUCAUCACCUUCGCCGAGGCAGACAAUUAUCCUCCAAGUGAAUCUCCAGAUGCUGUAAAUUUCCAGAUCUCCCAGGAAGGCAGUGAGCUGUCCCUGGUGGAGCAGGCCAAUGUGUGGCUGUUCCUCAAGCUGGCCAAGACCAACCGCAGCCGGGCCAAAGUGACCAUUCGGCUGCUGCAGCGGCGGCAGGGCCCGGACGGGCAGGCGCAGGAGGUGACGGUGUCGGAGAAGGCGGUGGACACGCGGCGCAGCGGCUGGCACACGCUGCCCGUGUCCGGGAGCGUGCAGGAGCUGCUGGGCCGGGGUGGCAGCCUGUUGAGCCUGCGGGUGUCCUGUGCCCAGUGCACCGACGCCGGGGCCACGCCCGUGCUGGUGCAGGUGCCCGAGCGGGAGAGGGAGCAGUCGCACCGGCCCUUCCUCAUGGUGGUGGUGCGGCAGGCCUCUGAGCACCCGCACCAGCGGCGCAAGCGGGGCCUGGAGUGUGACGGUAAGAUCCGCAUCUGCUGCAAGAAGCAGUUCCACGUCAAUUUCAAGGACAUCGGCUGGAGUGACUGGAUCAUUGCGCCGCCCGGGUACCACGCCAACUACUGCGAGGGCGACUGCCCCAGUCACGUGGCCAGCAUCACCGGCUCCUCCCUCUCAUUCCACUCCACCGUCAUCAACCACUACCGCAUGCGGGGCUACAGCCCCUUCACAAACAUCAAGUCCUGCUGCGUGCCCACGCGGCUGAGGGCCAUGUCCAUGCUCUACUACAACGAGGAGCACAAGAUAGUGAAAAAGGACAUCCAGAACAUGGUGGUGGAGGAGUGUGGCUGCUCAUAAAGCAAGAGGGCCGUGUGAGUAACCGGCCCUGAGAACCAGUACCACCACAACGGAGAAAACAGCAGAGACGGAGGGAGGAGGAGGGAAGCACCUCGCCAUCCCCCUCCCUCAAAAGAGACUCGCUAAGGUUUUUUGUUUUCUUGUUUUUUUUUUGGUUAGUCUUGUUU